CUUUCCUGAACUUCCUGCCGCCUGCGUCCCUGAUAUUUACCACCGUCUCGACUGCUCAUCUGCCACCACAUCAACAUCCCAACCCUGCGCUGGAUCCCUGCGUGUCGCUUCCACAGGGAGUAGAGCCCCGCAUCAAGCUGGGGUCGCUUCUCGGCAGUCCAGCGCCGCGUAGCCGCCCUUCACCACUUCUCACGAAUGGAGCGCCCCAAGACGCCGCCGCCCGCGGCCAAGGCGCCCGCUCCAGGCUCGCCACCAACCCCUGAGGUGACGCGGCGUAUCGAAGAGAAUCGCCUUCGCGCCAAGGCCAUCCGCGAUCAGCGUGAAGCAGAACAGCGUGCGUCAGGCGCCGUGUCCGCCGUGCCCAAGUCCGCCUCCGGCUUUGUCCAGACCGACCAUGUUCAUGUCAGCAAACCCGUCAACGGCAAGCGGCCGUUCGGCUCUCUGUCCGCCGGGGAUCUCACCACAAACCGCGAUGGCCGCGUCAAGGCCGGCGACGAGGGCGAGUUGCGCCCCGCCCGCAAGUUCACAAAGUUCGUCGACUACAACAUGAGCUCCAUGACCGACACAAAGGGAGGCUUUCUGUCCACGGAGGAUGACCCGCACAAUUUUGCCCUCGGCGGAAAGAAGCCUGGACAGCCCGCCGACGACGACCAGCGGCCCAAGAACAUGACGGUCCAGGAGUGGGAGAAGCUGCAGGUCAUUCGUAACCUGAAGCGGCUGAAGGCAGGGCCCUUUGAGCCCGGCAUCAGUGUCCUUGUCGACGAGGACAAGAGAAAGCGCUGCAGAGAGUGCAGGAGUCUCGAGAUCGACUUCGUCUGGGAGGAGGUCUUCCACGUCUGCGUCUGCCACAAGUGCAAAGACAAGUAUCCCGAGAAGUACUCACUCCUGACCAAGACGGAGUGCAAGGAAGACUAUCUCCUGACAGACCCCGAGCUGCGCGAUCCGGAACUGCUCCCUCACCUCAAUAAGCCUAACCCACACAAGUCCCACUGGCAUGACAUGAUGCUGUUCCUGCGGUUUCAAGUCGAAGACUACGCAAUCAAAUCGAAGUGGGGCUCCUCCGAGGCCCUCGAUGCAGAGUACGAGCGGCGAGAGACCCAGAAGAAGGCCCGCAAGGAGGCCAAAUUCAAGGAGAAGUUGCUCGACCUCAAGCGCAAGACGCGCACAGACGCAUUCCGCCGCCAGGCCGGCACGUUGGGCAAAUCGGGUGCCAGCAAGUUUGGCGACUCUAUGGGCAGCGGCCGACACGUCCACGAGUGGGGGCGAACAGUACAGAACGAGGAGGGCAUGACCAUCAAGACGUGUGUUGACUGUGGCAUGGAGGUGGAGGAACUCGAGUUUUAACGACAAAGGCCGGGCUUUCGGAUCAAACAUCACCAUAAAACCAAGCCAUCGCACACGGUCUCGGCAAUCACGAAGGGACAAUUCGAUGCUGCCAUACUUGGAACAAGUCUCGCUCGUAUAUUCUGCACUCAGCGACUAUAUGCGCGUUAUACAACUUGAUGCUGCAUAUGCACCUCGCGGGUCACCACGAUCCCGUCCAUCACCGACGUCCUUACACGGUUCAUCUCUCGGAGCUCAAUCGACGUCAACGACUCAUUAUUGCCGUGGGCUACCCUUCUUCCCUCUGCCGCAACAGUAGUUGCGCUGCGCCCGUCAUCAGGAGACGUCCACACGAAUAGGCGCUCAUCCGCCUCCAAAUCGCCGCCACUCGUAUAGGUGCCACAACUUCGACUCGCAAACGCGGUAGCAUGCGUCGAGGACAAGCCGAAGCGACGAUCCCCGUCCCAGGUGCGGACGGCGCCCGAAUCGUCAUCGUCCAAACCUUCAUCUCCGUCGCAAGUCCUGCCCCUGCCGACGGUGGUAGUGUUGGUGGUCGUCAUCGUUUUGCGGGUGGACCCGUGACCAGAAUGGCUGCCGCAGGAGAACAGGCGCCGAGUUCCAUUGCAGAGCUUGCUGAGGGCGGGAUGUAGAAAGGGCAGGCAAGCUUCAGUCUGUCAGACAGGUUCCACAGGGGCGGAAGAUGAACGGCAUCAUACCACAGACGACGGCACUAUUUGCCUCGGUGAUGGUCCAGUUAGUACUGUCAACAAAAACCCAAGUAAUGUCUGGAUCCUUGAGGUCUUGGUGAAGAAUAAUGCUGAGUCGGAGGCCAGACACGAUAGUGACACUGCGAGCAACGUCAGCGAAGCUGCGCGACAAGGAGGCAGCCACUAUGAGGAGUGGGUUUACAUGAGACUUACAAAAAACCGACGAGGAAUACUCCCGCCAGAGCUACCUUCUGGCCCCGCGGCAGAUUCAAUGUCCAUAUAUAUGGCGCUGGUAACGCAAGCAUCAACACGUCAGUCACAAUCGUCGGUAUGGCGUUUCCAUAAAAGAAUUCAUGGGAGUUGACGCCGCACGUAUACGCGGAAGGCGGGAGCGGGUUGACGGGGUCGAAGCGCUGCCACCACGCGUGGACGGGCACGCACUGGAAGAUGGCGACGAGAAACUGCCACAGCCCUUUUCAUCAGUCUUGCACAAUCUACACAGACGGCCAGCACGCAGAUAGGAACCUUAAUCGACUUCCGGACAUGAAAGGCGCGCCAGUAGAAGGCGAGGAUGGACCACUUGGCGCACAGCAUCGUCAAGGUGUAGCUCAGCUCGCCGAUGAAGAGGGCGAUAGCCCAGUCGAGGGCCGCUUCGGGCGGGUUGGCCCAGAUGUGCUUCCCGAGGCCGCGGCUCGUGGCUUUUUU